UCUUUUUCUCUUUUGUAUCAUCAUCUAUAUUUAUCUCACAUCCACGUUUUCCAAUCUCCCCUCCUCCUCCUCUCUCUCUCUUACCAGAUCCCUCGGAGGAGAUGCGUGUAUUUUGAGAUUUUUUCUUCUUCUUCUCUGAUGGGUUCGCAUUUAUGAAGAAAGACAGACGUUUUGCAGCUAUGAAAUGAAGAGGAAAAAAAAACCAUUUUUAUUCAUCUAUUAAAACCAUUUCUUAGAUUUUGUUUGUGUUGAGUUAUUAAAGGAGUUAGAUUUUUUUGUCCGUCUUUUUUCUUCUUAUAUAUAAAUCUCAUUUUGAUAAAAUCCAUAAGAGAGAAAACUAAAGAAGAUGGGUGAUAGUGUAGAGAAAGAGUGUGUUUCUGCUGCUUCAUCAAUGUUUAGUGUUGAAGAGUUGAAUGAGAUAAGUGGGUCGAAGAGAGGAUUAGAUUAUAUAGAAGUAACAUGUGGUUGUACUAGUCAUAGAUAUGGUGAUGCUGUUGGAAGACUUAGGGUUUUUAUUAAUGGUGAUCUCGAAAUCAGUUGUGAAUGCACCUCUGGUUGUCAGGAGGAUAAAUUGACGCCUGCGGCUUUUGAAAAGCAUUCUGGACGAGAGACUGCCAGGAAAUGGAAGAGUAAUGUUUGGGUCAUUAAGAAGGGAUCAAAAGUUCCUCUGUUCAAGACUGUGCUGCUUAAAUACUAUGAACAGGCACUAAAAGAGACUAAUAAGUCCUCCCUAAGAUCCAAAAAGGGGCGGCCUUGCCAUCGGGAUGAGUUUGUUAGCUGUACUGAGUGUAACAAGUCGCGUAGGUUCCAUCUAACUUCCAAGGAAGAGUGUCGAGUUCACCAUGAUGCAUCGGUUGACGCUAACUGGAAAUGUUCAGACCUUCCAUUCGACAACUUAUCUUGUGAGGAUGACGAAGAGCGAGCAAGUCGUAGAGUGUACAGAGGCUGUUCUCGUUCUCAAACAUGCAGUGGCUGCACUACCUGUGUUUGCUUUGGGUGUGAUUUGUGCCGGUUUUCAGACUGCAACUGCCAGACUUGCACUGAUUACACAAGGAAUGCUAAACCUUAAAUCUUCAGAGUAAACUAUUUCCUGGACAAGGUACUAUUUCCUUGUCUGUCUUUUGGGUGGGUAUGGUUGCUUUGGCGUUGGCCUUUUCUUUUGCACAGAGCUUUAAGUACUGUCAUAUCCUAACAUCAACUGAUGUAUUCAGUCAGAGUUACAGUUUUUGCUGUCCUCAUUAUAGCUGAUUUUAAUCUUUAAAUGGAGUAAAUUAUAUUUAUUUUCUUCUGA